AUGGCCACCCGUCUCACAUCUAAACGCUUCUUCUCAACCACGCGCACCAUGUCCAUGCCACGCAAAUUCGACUUUCUCGUCAUUCUACCUGACAAGGCUGAUGCACUCCCGCGACGUCUCGAGGCUCGUCCCUCGCACAUGAAAGGCAUGGUCCCGCAUGUCAAGGAUGGAAGUUGGAAGCUAGGCGGUUCGUUACGGAUUGCCCCCCCUCCCAGCCGAGAGGAAAAUAGAGAUAAAGCUAACGCGAGAGAGACUGAAAUAGGCGCCCUGCUGAAAAGUGUUCCAAAGGACGAUGACCCCUCCAGCCUCGAUUUCCUGGGCAGUGCCCUGGUUGUCAACGCAGAGUCCAAGGAGGAGAUCCUUGAGAUGCUUCGGAACGAUGUGUAUGCUAAGGCUGACGUGUGGGAUUUCGAAAAGGUCCAAAUUUACCCUUUUAAAUCGGCUUGGAAGACUACGUCUACCAUCUAG